AAGCUGUCGGCUAUACAGAGCAGGCUAUUAAGAGACUCUUUAGAUUGUGACAACCAAAGGAUAUUGUCUAUGUAUGCUAGAGCUGACACGUGUGCUGACAGUGAGUUAUGGGUUCCUACAUUUCCAUGGUUAAAUGGCAAUGUAACAUCCAUGUUAUACCCAAAA